GUCGCGCGGCCUGACUAGGCAGGGGGGCGGCCGUGUUAAGGAUGGACGACCUCGAGCUCAGCAUUAAGAUUGUGGAUGUGAAAAAGGGUUCUGGACCAACGCGGUAUGCCAUUGAGGUGACCAACUCGACCGAGACAUGGACGUUUCUGAGGCGAUACUCGGAGCUGGCGGAUCUCAACUCGGCGCUCAAGGCGGCUAAGAUGACGGUGCCUGCGUUUCCGGGUAAGAAGCUCGGAUUCGGCAACAAGUCUGAUGGCUUUGUGGCCAAGCGGAGAGCAGGCUUGGAGGCGUAUCUGGUGGGCCUGCUGCGGGUUGUGGGCAUCCGCUCGAACGCUGCCUUUCGGGCGGCGAUGGAGCUGGACAGCAAGUCACCCGACACGGUGGUGACUGCCAACGCCAAGGAGUCGUGGCUUGCGCUGUAUCGGGCGCUGGUUGGAGGCUGUGACGAGAUGGCCAGCCUGCUCGGGCAGAUGCGGACAGCGAGCGCAAAGGGCCAGGACACUGAGCGGCUCAACACCAACCUGCGGGUCCGCAUCAACCGGCUCGCCGAGGGCAUUGCCACCCUCCGCACCGAGCUCGACUCGGGCAACCUGUCCAUUACUGGCCGCGAGGCGAUGCGCCGCAAGGAUCUGCUCUCGCAGCUUACCAUCCGUAAGGCCGAGAUGAUCGAAGAGCUGCAGAGCGUGCGGGCGUCGGCCGGAGUCGGAGGCGCACCGCCGACAUCUGGUGCCGCCGGGCGGUCGGCACUCUUUGCUGGUGCGUCGUCGUCGCGCAAGCCGCCGCCGACCAAGUGGGGCGUGGCCGGAGAAACCGAGGAGACGGUCGAUCUCGACAACCGCGACCUCAUCAACCUGCAGAAGAAGAUCAUGGAGAACCAGGACCAAGGCCUGGACCAGCUCUCGGACAUUAUGGCGCGUCAAAUCCAGCUGGCGAAUGCCAUCGGGCAAGAAGUGGACCACCAGAACCUCAUGCUCGACCACCUGAACGACCACGUCGAGUCGACACAGGCCUCGAUCGACCGCGAGAACAAGAACAUCAUCAAGUUGAAGCGCAAGAUCUAGUCGGCGUAGCCGCGCCGGAGGUGUGUCCGCUGGUGAAGACUCUUGUCAUUGGCCAAGCAAUGGCUCCCACCAUGGGAUAAAGGUUGGGAAAGAGAGA